GCAUCUUUGAUCGCUGACAUCUGUGACGAACCGCAGCCAACCUUUCGGGGAUGUCGAGCUCUGCUGUCACAGCCAACCCACCGCAAGCAUGACGGAGAUCGCACCGCGCGAGGUCACUCCGCCUCCCCUCCAAGCCCCCACGGCCAAAGAACGGAAAUACGACCGUCAAUUGAGAUUAUGGGCUGCCGCAGGGCAACGCGCCUUGGAAGAAUCCCACGUCCUCUUGAUUGUGGGAGACGAUGACUUUGGUUCCAAUAGCAGUGUUGCUGGUGCUGAAGCUCUAAAGAACCUCAUCCUACCGAGUGUCGGCAGCUUCACAAUUGCAGACUCCGCAACCGUCACCGAAAAAGAUCUGGGAAUCAACUUCUUCCUCGAGUCGGACAGUCUUCACAAAUCAAGAGCGGACGAGAUGAGACGGUUGCUGCAAGAGUUGAAUCCCGAUGUGACCGGCCACGCUAUUUCAGCUCCCUUGACAGAAUGGCUCCCUGUGCAAGACUCCCUCAAGCCGUACAAUCUGAUCCUCCUCUGCGCUCCAGUGUCCCGGGAACCGCUCGAGAGGAUAUGUGGGUAUGCUUUGGCAAAUUGGAUACCAGCCAUCUACGUCCAAUCAGUCGGAUUCUUUGCCUCCUUUUCAAUUCAAUUGCCUGGUGAAUUUCCCAUCGUGGAUACUCACCCCGAUCCCGAAAGCACCCAAGACCUCCGUCUUCUUGCGCCCUGGCCUGAACUCGAUGCCGAAAUCGAUGCUCUGGGGGACCUCUCAUCGCUAUCAGAUCACGACCACGGCCAUAUCCCAUACAUCCUCAUUCUCUUACACUAUCUUAGACGGUGGAAGCUCGAUCACAAUGACAAGUACCCUUCGUCCUUCAAAGAAAAGACCGAGUUUCGGGACCUUGUCAAAUCGGGCGCGAGAACAAACAAUCCCGAAGGCGGCGAAGAGAACUUUGACGAAGCCUGUGCUGCGGUUCUCAAGAGUAUCGCUCCCCCACCACUGGGCAGUGGUUGUAAGGAGAUGAUGUCUAUGCCUUCGUGCACCAACCUGACCACGGACUCCGCCAACUUCUGGGUAGUCGCAAAUGCCAUCAAAAAAUUCUACGACACCCACGGCGUUCUACCGCUACCUGGAACUCUACCAGACAUGAAAGCCACCAGCGCAGAUUAUGUCAAGCUUCAAACCAUCUACAAGACCAAAGCACGAGCUGACGUGGCCGAAGUGACAAAGCUUGUUCGACAAAUUGAAACGUCCCUUUCAAGGACGGCUUCGCAAGUACCGGACUCGGAGAUUGAAUCCUUUUGCAAAAACGCCUCUCAUGUACGCGUCUUGACCAACCAAAACAAAGACACUCUACCUUCACUCCGACUAAUGCUACCGGAUCCCAAAAUCUCCUCUCGUCUUGGAUCCAUCAUCGAAAAUGAUUGGGAAUCCCUGUUCCCUGUGUUCAUCGCACUCAACAGUAAAAGCUUCUCGUCAGACACUCCGCCCAACGUGGCUUCACUAUCAUCCGACCCCGAAACCCAAGACAACAUCACCAAUGCAAUCACGGAAGUCGAGCGUGCGGGGGGCGGUGAGCUGCAUAACAUUUCCAGUAUAUUGGGAGGCAUGGUCGCGCAGGAGGCGAUCAAACUGCUUACGAGGCAGUAUGUGCCUGUAGAUGGGACUUGUGUAUUUGAUGGCAUAAAGAGCAAGUCUGGAGUCUUCAAGAUUUGAAACUCAUAUACAGAAGGCACCGAGGCUUGAAUCAAGUAUGCAAGCCCCUUUUCGAUGGUAAAGAAUCAACGAGUUGGGGGUGAUGAAUAACGAGACAUGCGAUAAUAGAGGUCAUGAAGGAUGCGGCCCAGAGAAUUGGCCACAAAAAGCACGAUAGAUCGAACGACCGGUAUGGGACUGAUCAAUCGACCCGGGGAUCAACGCACGGAAUCCUCUGAAAUUCUCGCAAGCCCUCCGAGAAGUGGAAUGGUGGACUGACAUCUAAGGCUACAACAUGCAGCACCUCGAGAUAGCCUCCUGAAUGUAGGUAGCUCAAUGAAAGCUCAACGUGUGGAACAACGACCAUGACAGCUGCUAUCUAUCAUAUGCCCUACCGCAGAAGAGAAAUAGACGACACUGGAGACUGGGUUCUGGAGCCCGUUCACACCCAGUUAUUUACUUCCCCUCUGACCCCGAGAAGAGACAGCGACUGAAAGGGGGUGUGAAAGUCGAUGAAUGCUAGCAUGUAAAGGAAUACCAUUAUUACCCAUCCCCGCUAUGCCAUGCCAAUGCCAUCCCAAAAAAAGGGCGC